UGUAUGUCAUUGUUUGAUUGUUGGUCUAAAAUCUUGGUUCUUGAUGUGUUCAGUGAUUUUGAUUUGAAAAGAAGUAAAACAGCUUGGAAACAUCAGUGUGCAAAUGGUAAAAAAUGUCUGAAAUGGAAGUAACAGAAAGUAGUAACGAUUGCUCCAAUGAUUCACUUUUAUUGGAUCGAGUUUUCUUACGGCUUGGAAAUGCCGACUCGGAUGAUCAACUCGAGAGCUGCCUUAAUAGGUUUCUGCCUCCCGUUAUCCUAAAACUAUCUUCUCCUCAUGAGCAGAUUCGUACUAAGGUAAUGGAACUCUUGGUUCAUGUUAACAAGAGGGUUAAAUGCCGUAACGAUGUGCAGCUUCCUGUUGAAACACUUCUUCAGCUUUAUAAAGAUCCAGCAGCCAAUAGUUUUAUUAUCAAUUUUACCAUUAUCUAUAUAACUAUGGGUUUCCCAAGACUUCCACGGGAGCAACAAAUGAAUUUAGCUCCAGUGUUGCUUGAAGCAAUUGAGAAUAAACCACAGGCACACCAGGAUAGUAUUCUAAUGUUAGUGAUGCCAUUGCUGGGUGAUAUUAAGGAGCAAAGUCUUAAUUUAAAAGAGAAGCCAAAAGUAUCUGCAUUGAUUUUAAAGUUUGCAACUGAUGUGCUCCUUUUGCCAUAUAGAGCUCUACCGAAUGCAGGUGAAAGCGAUUUUCAGGUACCACCUGGUAUGAGUCUAAAAUCAUACAAGAGGAUUGUAGAAAAACAUCAAAUUAAUCCUAACCAACUUGAAGAGAUGAAAUUGUCAAUUGUUAACUUCAUAAGCAAAGAUAUAUUUAACUCAAGCGACAUACUGCUACCGCUGAUCGUCGCGGCGGCAGAUUCCCGGUUCAGCAUCGCCAAUCACGCCAAUAGCCCACUGAUUAGGGUCAACAGCUCAGUAGACUGGUCACAGCCUACAGUAGUGUCUCCAUUAUAUGCAUUGUACUUGGGCACUUGGGCAGGCUUGAAAGUCCCCGCCGAUGACCGGAAGGUACCUGCGUGUACAAGACUCCGUUUAAAAUUGAUUCAAUAUCUCAAUAAAGCAACUGGUCCAGCAAUCAUGUUUCCGCACUGUAUUCAGGUAGUGUUUUCGUCAUUGUUUGAUCCGAACACAAAUUCACGUCUCCGUAAUAUGGCGCUCAUGUUUCUACUGAAUGUAAUCAACAGCGGAGAUCAAGCUCAGCUGGCAAAGGUGGCGGUUAUAUUCUUGAGAGGAUUAUUGAAGUUAAUAAGAUCUGAAGAACAUGCAGAACACCAGCCCAAGGCUUACAUGUGUUUAGGCAGACUAGCACUAAAAUGUCCAGAGUCGUUCAGCGACAAAUUCGCGUUGCUCGAGGAGCUUGUGAAGAAGAUUCCAGAAGCCGUGCCCGAGAUGAGGACAGCGCUACGAGACGCCUUGUUAGAGAUGGCCGUGGCAUACAAGAUCAAUCCUGAAGAUAAAGUGGAGCCAAUGGACACGUCAGAAGGCGCCAGCACGUCCAGCGAUAAAAUGGACGACGAAGAGAGCUCGGAGAGUAAGAAGCCGAGGCCGAGUCCGUUCGACGAGCCGCAAGCACUCGCGCUCUUUGCGCUAUUAGAUCAUUACAUGCAUAGUGAGGAGCCUAUGAUCCGAUACAUCGCUAUGCGCUACUCAGCAGCGGUGUUCCCGCAAGACUACGUCCCCUCAAGAUAUUUGCUGUUAUUGGCCAGCGGAGACAGUCAAGAUGAUGUUUCAACGGAAGCUCUUAAAUGUCUGUACGGUACAUCACGACCGAACGAAAUAGAGGAUGUUGUGAACAACGUCUCAGUAAAAGACGAUAACAUAGUGAAUAUAGAUGAGGAUGUAACUUCUAAAGAUAAAGACAAAGCCCAAGAGGCGCAGUUGAAAGUACCGAAGUUCAAGGACGUGGUCAACUACAUAUGGGAUCAGAUGCAAAAGAGGAAGAAGGGCUCGAACGCUAAACACAGGUUUGUGGUUGGCAAUCACGUUCUGCAGUUUCAUCCACAGACAUAUCAAGAGAUUUUGAGGUAUUUGAGGAUGUGUCUAAACCGCGACGCAAACCUCAAAGAUUGCUCAAAGCAUCCCAAUGCCACCUCACCGAUGUUAGCUAAAUACUUCCAAGAAAAUUUGUUGGAAACCGAGGUGCUCGAUAGAUAUUUAACGAUGAUUACUUCACUUUUGAACGCUUCUCCAGGUAUCAUGCCUUUAACAUGCUUCUUGGAUAUUGUGGGCUGUGUGCCAUCAAAAAUGGCUGAAAAAUACACUGUAUUACUGCCAUUUAUGAAGAAUCUUUUCGCAACCAGCACUAAGGAAGAAAUCCGUGAAACAUCUGCGGCUAUUUACGCUAUAAUUUCUGUCCAUACAAGUAAUAAAACGGACAUAGAGAAGGAAAUAAACGAAUGUGUAGUACAGAGUCGCAGCAACAAGAGUUUGGAGUCUCAGUGUGGUUAUUUGAUGGCAUUCACCCAUUUGUGUGAGAGAUGUAUAGUUUUGUCGAGACGCGGCAAAUUCGGUGGAAAAGGAUUCAAUCCUAGUAGUUGGGAACCUUUUAGAGAAGGUGUAAUAUGUCUUGCCAACUUCUUAUCAAAUCCUCAAACACUUUUAGUGAGUACAUCGUGUACUGCAAUAUCCCUCCUAGUCCGAUGUUCUGCUUUACCAUUACCUAACUCAUCUCCAAGUCAAGAAUCUCUAAUAGCAAGCGAGAACCCUUUCAAAGUCAACGAAAGUAACACCUCAGUUUCCGAAGGUGAAGUGACGAAGUUCUCAGUCGCCGAAAGGUUGUUUAAAAUAGUGGGAAAUGCAAAAAUACCAUCAAAAGUUAAAGAAAGGUCGUUGUAUACGUUAGGGUUAAUGUGUUGCGGCGAAAGACUUGUGUUCUCCAAACAAAUUGUUAAAGGAUUUUUACAAAUGGCUAAAGAUAGUAAAGAAUUUGAAAUUCAUCUACAAAUAGGCGAAUCUUUAGUGCUUUGUGUAGAAGGUGUCAAUUCUAACGAAAACAGAGAUCUGUGGACCGAACUGCCUAAAGAGGGCGAGGCGAAAAUAAAAGACAUAGAAGCGCUGAAAGAAAAUGAUGAUCUAUUAAAAUGGCUACUAUUAGAGCUUUUCAAAAUUGGGAAACAUCCACACCCACACUCUAGACAGGCCACCAGUAUUUGGUUGUUAGCAUUACUGAAAAACUGCCCCGAGCGCGAGCCAAUAAAGAGCUCCCUGCAACAGCUACAGGAUAAGUUCAUGGAUUUCCUAUCAGAGAAUAGUGAUAUUGUUCAAGACGUAGCCAGCAAAGGGCUAAGUCUGGUAUAUCAAAAUUCAGAUGAAAGUCAGAAGAAGGCGUUAGUAGCGCAAAUUAUAGAACAGCUUACAAGUGGUAAGCGCUCCGUAACACAAGUGACGGAAGAUACUAAGAUAUUUGAGGAAGGACAGUUGGGAACUGCGCCUACUGGAGGCAAUCUUUCUACAUACAAAGAACUGUGUUCUUUAGCCUCGGAUUUAAAUCAACCGGAUUUACUGUACAAGUUUAUGCACUUGGCACAUCAUAAUUCUAUGUGGAAUUCCAAGAGAGGAGCAGCAUUCGGUUUCCACUCGAUAGCGCUUCAAGCUGGCGCUCAAUUGAGUGAACAUCUGCCUCGAAUCGUGCCACGCUUGUAUCGAUAUCGAUUCGAUCCCACGCCGCGAAUACAGAACUCCAUGGCCAGCAUAUGGCAUGCCAUCGUGCCCAACACACAGCAAACUGUUCAUAAGUAUCAUAAAGAGAUUCUGAACGACUUGGUGGCCAACAUGACGUCGAAUCAGUGGCGAGUCAGAAUGUCCUGCUGCAACGCUCUUACAGAUCUGUUAAGGGGCGCACAAAACCUGCGGCAGUCGUUGGAGCAGCUGCCGACGCUGUGGGCGCAGCUGUUCCGCGUCAUGGACGACGUGCACGAGGGCACGCGCCAGGCCGCCAGCGGCGCCGCCAAUGUACUUUCCAAACUAUGCAUCCAGGCUUCAGAUGUUAACCAGGGUAAAGACGGGAAGGAAAUCGUGUCUGCAAUAUUGCCCGUUCUACUUGAUACAGGGAUAACGAAUCUGGUUAAAGAAGUGAGGAGUGUUAGUUUGCAAACAGUGUCGAAGCUAGUGACAGCGGCGGGUAGCAGCUUAGCGCCGUUCUUGCCGCGUUUAGUGCCGGCUCUAGUAGGUGCGGCGGGCGAGUUGGAAUCCGCUAAACUGUCGUACUUGAGCACAGCACUGGCGGACAGUGGCUCGCGCGAGUUACUGGACGAUAUGCGCGCCAGCGCGGCCCGGCACCAUUACACCACUGACACCGUUGUUAAGUGUAUGCCAUUCAUUACCAUCGACACCUUCAAGGAAAUGUUACCGAGUAUACUAGAAUUGACUAAAUCGCCGCAACUCGGCACGAAGGUUGCGUGCGCGCAUUUCUUAGUUCUCGCCGCACAUUACUUGAGAGCCGAACUUGAACCAGUCGCGGGAAAGAUCAUGUCCAAUCUGUUGAAUGGGAUUUUCGAUAGAAAUGCGACAGUAAGGAAAAACUAUGCCGAGGCACUCGGUCAAGUGUCUGCAUAUGCUAAGCCUCAAUCAAUAGAGAAGUUAAUGAAGAAAUUGGUAACUUUGUACGAAACAAAGGAAGACGAUGCGUCAAGAUCGGCGAUCGCGUUGACUCUGAAGUCCGUGGCCAAGGCCAAGAUCGAGCAUAUAAAGGACAAUGAAGAGACUUUAGCACCUGUAGUGUUUUUGGCCAUGCACGCGCCUAAAGAAGAUGAUUCGACGACGGUGGAAACAUUUGAGGAGAUCUGGUCCGACAUGAGCCCAACGCGCGAGAGCGGCAUCCGGCAACACUUGCCUGCUAUCCGGGCAUACAUUGAGCAGGCGCUCGUGUCGGGCAGCUGGACAAAGAAGAUACAGGCGGCAAAUGCAAUAAAAACGAUAUGCAAAGAGAUGUCAAGUGGUCUGGGCGAGGAGCGGGAAGCCUUCAUCCGCUCCCUGCUCGCGGCGGUGCAGGGGAAGACGUUUGACGGCAAACAACACAUCUUAGAGGCUCUAGCGGAUUUAUGCGUCGUUAAGGAAGGCGAGGCAGCCAUGUCUCCCGUGCUAGCGACGGAGUGCGUGGACGCGCUCGUAGCGGAGAGUCGCAAGCAGGAGCCGGUGUACAAGCGACACGCGCUCGUCGCUCUGGCGCGCGCCUUCCCCGCCGCCAGCUGCGACCGCUUCCAUCAACUCUACGAGAUCGUCAGGCAGAUUCUGUCCAAGGAUGAAUUGGCUAUGGACAAGGAUUCAGAUGAAGAAGACAAUGAUGGAGUGAGACAGAGGCGGGAGCAGCUGACUGCGCUCAAAGAAGCCGCUUAUGAUCUGUUGGGCAAAGCGUGGCCCAAGGAUCCUCACACACAAGAAAAAUACCAAGAUCUUUUCUUCACGCAUUGCUCCAAAGCGUAUCCGACAAGUUCUCGAUCGACACAACUGGCUAUUUUGGCGUCCAUUGCCGGUGUAGUGGAAAAGCUUGCUAUACUUAACAGUGCCGGGGAGCCAAUGGAAACUGACAACGUGGCGCUGUCGAACGGAGACAAGGCAAUCAGCAGCGUGACUGACCAUGUGGCUAACAUAAUAGAAUAUACACUCAAGAACAGUAAUCAAGUUAGAAAUAGGAGAGACGCGCUUAAUUUAAUGGAAAUUAUGAUCAAACGCUUAAAAGAACUAAAGAAAACGGAAGAAAUAAGCAAAUUACGUGAUAUUUACCAAAUAUACGCUCAAGACUUGUCGAAAGAAUCCUCACACGAGCUGAGAUCUAAAGUAGAUGCUAUAAAAGUCUAUUUUAAAUAGUGGACACCAGUGUUACCUUUUUAUUUAUACACAAAAACUGACAUAAAAUAUAUGAGUUUAUACCCAAUAUAUGAGUUUCCACAUAA